AGGAAAUCGGCUCGUGAGGUCGUGCUUUCGCCGUCGCCGCCGCCGCCGCCACCAGCACCACCACUUCUGUCAUCAUCAUGAGCACGACGCUAGCUAAGAUCGCCGAGAUAGAGGCGGAGAUGGCACGAACGCAAAAGAACAAGGCCACAGCUCACCAUCUAGGGCUGCUGAAGGCUCGGCUGGCCAAGCUGCGUCGAGAGCUCAUCACCCCAAAAGGAGGUGGAGGAGGUGGUCCAGGGGAAGGUUUUGAUGUCGCAAAGACUGGUGAUGCUCGCAUAGGAUUUGUUGGCUUCCCAUCAGUGGGAAAAUCUACUUUGCUGAGCAACCUCGCUGGAGUGUACUCGGAAGUGGCAGCCUAUGAGUUCACCACAUUGACAACUGUGCCAGGAGUAAUUAGAUACAAAGGAGCAAAAAUACAGCUUCUUGACCUUCCAGGAAUUAUUGAGGGUGCCAAAGAUGGAAAGGGCAGAGGUCGCCAGGUCAUUGCAGUUGCUCGAACCUGCAACCUUAUUCUGAUAGUUUUGGAUGUUCUGAAGCCUUUGGGACAUAAGAAGAUAAUUGAGAAUGAGCUGGAGGGUUUUGGAAUACGGUUGAACAGCAAACCUCCCAAUAUCGGCUUUAAGAAAAAGGAUAAAGGCGGCAUCAACCUGACAGCCACUUGCCCACAGAGUGAGCUGGAUACCGAAACAGUGAAGAGCAUUUUAGCAGAGUAUAAAAUUCACAAUGCAGAUGUCACACUUCGCAGUGAUGUUACUGCCGACGACCUCAUUGAUGUAGUUGAAGGAAACAGAGUCUAUAUUCCUUGCAUUUAUGUAUUGAACAAAAUCGACCAGAUCUCCAUUGAGGAGCUAGAUAUAAUUUACAAGGUGCCCCACUGUGUUCCAAUCUCUGCUCAUCACCGGUGGAACUUUGAUGACCUAUUGGAGAAAAUUUGGGACUACCUAAAACUUGUGCGAAUUUACACAAAGCCCAAAGGACAGCUCCCAGAUUAUACAUCCCCAGUGGUAUUGCCAUAUUCCAGGACUACUGUGGAGGAUUUCUGCAUGAAGAUUCACAAAAACCUCAUCAAAGAGUUUAAAUAUGCACUUGUGUGGGGCUCGUCUGUCAAGCACAAUCCACAGAAAGUUGGCAAAGAUCAUACAAUGGAGGAUGAAGAUGUCAUUCAGAUAGUAAAGAAGUAAACUGACUUCUGGCCAUUGCUCCUUGAUGACCUUUCAGAAAGAAGGCUGACUGUCAAGCAUCAUCUACAGGAGUGUGCUUCCACCUGACCUGUACUAUGCAGUUUAGGUGUGUUACAUUUAGACCUGAUUAAAGUGUUUCUUCUUGGGAGAUGUAAUCCCUGUAUUGA